UGCCGCUAAUAACAAUUCAUUCAAUAAGAUUGCACUAUUUCUAGUUGUUAUCAAUUCUCUUACCUUCCACUUCCACUUUACCCAAGAGGCAGUAACUGCAGCAAACAAUUUGACAGCUCUUUACAUAAUGCUCUCAACCGCACGUCCACUUCUGCGACGCCUCCUGCCUCUGACGAGAUCCAUACAUGUAGAGCGCAAAGUUCAAGUUGGAGAGAAUCUAAAUUUAAACAUAGUUGAGUGUGGGAGUGGCAAACGCAACUUGUUGCUGAUGCCUGGUGCACUCGGAUCCGCCUGGACGGACUUUAAGCCACAGAUAGAGCAGUUGCCCGCCUUGUUGCCAGAUCAUACGAUCAUUGCGUGGGAUCCUCCUGGCUAUGGCAAGUCGGUGCCGCCGCAGCGCAGUUUUGGACUCGAGUUUUUUCAACGUGAUGCGGAGGCAGCGCUGCAGCUGAUGCGUACGCUUAAUAAACCCAAAUUCUCCAUACUGGGCUGGAGCGAUGGCGGCAUUACAGCGCUUAUACUUGCCGGUCGACAUGCUGAAGCGGUGGACAAGUUGGCAAUUUGGGGCGCGGGCGCAUAUCUCAAUGAAGCGGAGGUUAAAUCACUGCGCGCCAUACGCGACGUAGCCAUGUGGUCACCACGCAUGCGUAAGCCUAUGGAGGAGCUUUAUGGCAUUGAAGGCUUUGCCAAGCUCUGGAGCGAUUGGGUAGAUGCUGCCUGUGCUUUCUACGAGCAGCGCAAUGGCGACUUUUGCUGCAAGGAGGUAGCACAAAUUAAAGCACCCACAUUUAUAUUGCAUGGAAGCAAGGAUCCAAUGAUCGCUCCAGAGCAUGUACCUUGGCUAAAGCAGCGAUUGCCAAUGGCGCGGUAUCAUGAAUUUCCCGAGGGCAAGCAUAAUAUACAUCUGCGCUAUGCGGAGGAGUUUAACAGACUAGUGGCGGAUUUUUUUAAAGAAAAUUAAAUUGUAUAUGCUUAUUUGACCUGAGCACGAAUGGUGGGCACAUAGUCAUCAUACUGCGCCUGGUAGAAGUUGCCAGCCACGGGUGC